CUUUCAGUGGAUCUUAUCAUGAAGACCUGUUUUAGCCCCAAUCGAGUGAUUGGCUUGUCCAGUGACUUGCAGCAGGUGGGAUCAGCAUCAGCCAGGAUUCAGGACACCCUGAGCAUGGUGCUGCAGUACGCAGAGGAUGUACUGUCUGGCAAAGUGGCUGCUGACAACACCGUUGGGCGAUUCCUGAUGGAUCUUAUUAACCAGGUGCCAAAGAUUCCACCAGAGGACUUUGAGACAAUGUUGAACAGCAAUAUCAAUGUAAGUUCGUUGUUAAUUUUUUCAGUGUAUUGCCAGCAAUUUUGAAAAUUUGCCAUAGACACAAAUUUUUCUGUGGUCAACACCAGCUUAACUUUUCAUACAAACACAUUAGUAGAAAAUACAGCCCUUUCUUAUCAGUGAUUUGAUGUUUUAAGAGCUCAAGGUGGAUAAAGGAGUUCACCAUAAUAAUCUUGCAAGCAACUGCAAAUGAAAGAAUAAGUUUUAAAGUACUUAGGAAUUAUGCAAGUGAUCUGAAAGCCAGCACCAGUUCUUCUUUUAGAGUGAUUGGACAACUUGAAUUACCAAGCUUAAAGCAGUAGGGAUUUCAAGGAUAACUGGUGAUUUGCCUGAGCUGAAGUUCUGUCACUUUGGACAUGUCACUGAGGACACCAACAAGUUUUUAGUGUGCUACCUUAUUCCUCUAACAGAUUUUUAGAAAGCGAAAGUUAAGUUUCUGAAUGUGUUGUUCACCCACAGCCUGCGAGACCAGAACUAAUUUUUAAUUUUGCUGCUACCCUUUGACUUGCCUGGUUAACACGGGUGAACUCGCAGUUAAAAUUUCACAAGCAGCAUUCCAUAUUCUGGCAAAACCUUUUCCCUGCAAGGGAAGGAUUCCUCAGGGUAGGCCUUUCAGGACUAACAACAGUAUUUCUAGUAGCUGAUUGUAAACUGCUUUACAGGUGUUAAAAAUUCAACACCUAACAGGAUACCAUCUUUGUUAAUA